CCAAUAUUUUAUAUGUAAUAGUCAAAUUAUCGUUUAUUCGUAAAAUCAAUUGUAUUAUGUUUCAUUAUGAACUUGUAAUUACAUUACAAGAAUUGUGGUAUUAAAAUUUAGCUGGAAUUGCAUUUUUCAAUUCUUAUUUUUGACAAUGACUUUUGAAUAUAUUUAGUCGUGACAUCUAGUGCUCAAGGGUUUAAGCUUACUGUCCACAAACUUGGUCGUUUCGUGUUAGAUGGCGCCACAUAUUGUUUUAGUGUUUUCAGUAUUCCUUUAUAAAGUUGCUAAAUACCAUAAUAUCAUAUAAAAUAUGUUAAGAUUUUUAAAAUUCCGUGUAACUGAUACAAUUAACUUUAACCUAACCUAGUAGUAAGUCAAGAAUUCGUGUACUAUGUACCAUUAGUUACAUUGUAUUCGAUCAAUUGGUUUGUUUGGUUAGCCUAGGAUGCUUUCAAUAUAUAUAAUUAAUGAAAAAGGAAUUUUGUAACAGUUUUAAUCAGUAAAUUAAAAGUUACAAGUUUAUGUUUUUGCAUAUUAUACUUGUCACGGUGUAAAAUGUAUUUUAAAAAUAUGUUGCUCCACAAUUACAACCUCUAAAUGAACGUAACAACUUUGUUCUCAAGUUAUAGGAGCAACCAUUAUAACCUUACUGCCUUCCUUCCUAGGAUUAGAAUAACUGGUCAUAGUGCAUCUGUUGUGGACAGAUGAAUUAAAAGCUUAAACACUUAGUGUAAAACUGUCUGUAGUAGUUUUCAAUUUAGAGAUAGGAUGUAACGAAAACUAAAACUGCUUUAGAUAAAUAGCUCGCUUUGAAGUAGUAUAGCGUUUAUGUCAUCUUAACAUAUUACAAAAGAAAAUUAAAUAAUCUUAGCUUUUGUUGAAGCAGAAAGUAUAAUUAACCCAUUCAUUGCCAAUUACAAAACAUUUCGUAGUGAGCGUUUAAGACGUAAGAUUAUAGUUUGAGUUAGAUAUUAAUAAAAAGAAUUUAAUAUCAUUUUUUAUUAUCAAAGUACUAACUUAGGUUUUACAUCUGUAUUAAUGGCAUCCAGGGCAAAACAUUCUACAUUCAGCUGGCAGUGAAUGGGUUAAGUCAUAACUUAGGCACAAAGCUGCAAACCCAAUUUCCCCAUUCUUGAUUUUCUUUUCAUUCAUUUUGGUCAAUAGAAUUACAUUAGAGAAUAUUUACUUCAACUAGCUAAGCAAUUAAGCAUCUAUACACGCUCCUUCUUAUGAAAUAGAAAUACGUAGCUACCUUCACAAUACAAAAUAUUUCCUAUUAACCGUCUCAUAGUGUUGUGUUUGGAUAUACUGAUCAAUUUUCAAUAUGGUUAUAUUACACGAUCACGACUAUUACGAAAGUCGAAAGCCUCGCCCGGAUUUAGGACCUUUGAAAAAUUUUCUACGAUUUGUUUGGGAUAAAGAACGUAAAACAUUUUUGGAUAGAACAGCCAAAGAAUGGGGUCAACUAGGAAUAUUCUACGCAUGCUUUUACACCGUUUUGGCGACAAUAUUCGCAGUGCAAAUGAAAAUCAGUAUAGAUUACGUUUCCCGAUUAGACAAACCAUUUUUCCAAUACACCGGUUUGUCCUCGAAGUCCUUUGGUGGACAAAAUUAUGCGCUCUUUCGUUUCUCCAGGCAUGUCGAUAGUCCAGGUAUAGUUUUCAAACCGAAUAGCAUGUCAACUACGUCGCCCAUCAUUUCGAUAUAUAAUUCAAGCGCCAUUGCCAGACCCAAAAGAUAUAUUCGAGCCUUGACUGACUUUUUACAAGAGUAUAAUACAAAUAUAACGAAGUAUGACGUCAAUUGUGAAGGUGACAAUUUUCAAUGGGUUCGUAACGACAAACCAUGCUUUUUUGAUAUUAAGAAACUUGGAGAAUGCAGCAGAGCACCAUAUGGGUAUACGAAUCCUUUGCAACCUUGCGUCCUUAUUAAAUUUAAUAAAAGGUUCGACUGGGUGCCGAAGUGUUACAAUCGAUCGUCACAUCUUCCACAGAACAUGCCAGAUAGUUUGAAGAGAAUGAUAGAACAGUCCAAAAAGUUUUAUGUAUGGCUAUCAUGUGACGGAGCAAACAACGUCGACAAAGAGCACAUCGGAGAAAUAAAAUACAUACCCAGCCCUGGAUUUCCCGUUGAAUAUUUCCCUUUUUCUGGACAACCGCAUUACCUGUCCCCAAUUGUUGCAUUACAGUUCAAGAAUUUAACACCAAACAGACUGGUCACAGUGGAAUGCACUUUAUGGGCCUCCAACAUUAAACAACGCUCUUCUUAUUCGUUAGAUUUUCAGAUACUAAUAGAUAAUAGAUCGACAACAAUUUAAUUGAAAUCCUUUCAAAAUAUAAAAUUAUUAAUCGCCUUGUUAAGUCAAAGGAACAUUCGAAGAUACAGUAUUAUCGUUAGAUUCAAAUAUAGCCAUCAAAGUUGUUAUAUGUGAACCUUGAAAGUGUUACUAUUUUUUUAAGCUGCAUAACAUAGUCAACAGUUUUGAAAAUAAAGUUCUUUGUGUGGAAAAAAGUUCUUUAAUUUCUUCUGUGUGGUACUUAUUUUUUUAAUUAGAUAAACUAGUUAGCUUCUAAUCGAAUUGAUAAGACUAUACCAGAAGCUAGAAUUUUUGUUUAUUUACAGAUAAAUCGUGUGAUUAAACUUUUCAUUUAAAUAAUUAAUACUUAAGACUUUAGAAAAGCUAGAAUUUUUCUUCGUUUAGGGAUAGAUCAAUUAAUUGAAAUUUGCAGUUAAUUAAUUAAUACCUAUUUGCAUGUUCUUUUCUAUAUAUUUCUGCUCCCAUAAGUGAAUUCAUUGGUAAAUUGAAGUUUCCAAUUUCAAUCCCUCGAUAUUCUUCCAUAAAUAAUUGUCCUUCGAAUAUGAGAAUUCCAAUUCGCGGCAAAGCGUGAUCUUGGUUACGUUUACACCACGUGAUAAGAAAGAUGCAAAAUAGUGUAACCUUGAGCGUUUCCGAUUUAUACAAGCGCUGUACAAUUUUCGAGAUCAAAUCUCUUACGUCUAUAAAUUGAAGAUGAUUUAUUCUGCACUAGGCUUAUAUUACAAAAUAAAGAAUUAAUACGAAUGAAUUUAGUAAUGACAAUAAUAAUACAGUAAUUGAUAGCAGUCAAGAGGAAAGUAAAAAAUAUAUUUAUUUGGAGAGUAUGUUUGCAGAAAAUUGUAUUUGUUCAAACAAUUUUUUAUUAUAUAAUUUGUUCGUUAGAAUUCUUGGCUUUAAUUUCUUUUUCUAUCCAAAAUUACAUACUUCCAUUCGUUUAUCAUGCAAAGCUCUUUUCUGCUUUCAUUUAACCUCGUUACAGUAAUUAUAGUAAAAAUAGAAUUUUUAAUUUUCAAGUUGGGUACAUAACAGUGCAUGAUGAAUAUUUUUGCCAAGAAAAAAAAAUAUAUUAAAACUCGGCAGUGGUUUAUGAACAUUGAGAGUAUUAAGAAAAUUCUGUUUCAAAUUUCAAAAAUUGAAAUCAAAAAUAAUAUACACAAUAAAUUCAUUUAUUUUGUAUUCAUGAGUUCAUUUCAGUAAUACAUGAAUUGUAUUGUGUAUAUAAAACUAUUAACUAAUUAUUAAGCUUCAUUUAGUAGCAUAACAAAAAUAUUUUUAACGACCAAUUGUUGCUUUUAUUAAUGUUUAUUCGAUCACUCUAUUUUCCUUACAAACGUUAGUAAUAUUAUUUAUGCAAGAAAAAUUGUAUUUUACAAAAAACGUCUUGGCAAUAAUAUACUAAAAAAAAAAAAAAAAUAUAUACAGUGCUCGAAAAAAAUUAGAAGUUUAUGCUACUAAAUGAUUACAAAAUUGAAUUAAAUAUAACAAAUGGAAGAAUAUACGGGCGGUAUUUUG